AUGCAUCGUUUCCCCUCCGCUCUGACGACAACAGGCGUGAUGGUGACAUAUGCCGCCGUCCUAAAGAAGCUCUACAAUCAGCGUCCCUCAUAUCGACACAGACACUCGUUCUCGAUGAAAUUACCCAUCCCAAUAAUUAUCCCCGCUUGGCAAUUCCACAACCACCUGAUCGCCCACUUCUCGACACUCUUGAUCCAUGGGCAUGAUGAACGGUCUGGACCGGGCCUUCCUCGUCGCAGGAUCUGCUGGCUCGUCCUCCACACGCUGAUCAUCCUCUUCCCCAUCUGGAGCGCAGCUGAUGUCAACGCCAUUCGGCAGCGUCUCGAAGCCCGGGAUCACGAUGAAAAACCCGACUUACGGGAGCACCACCGGAAACCCGAACAUGUCUUUAUCGUGGGAAUUCAAUAG